GCCAAUGGGAGCCCACAUAUGCAGAGCUUAGCUGUGUGGGGUUGCAUCGUUUAAAGAACGACGUUGUAUGGCUUCUCUCUUUGUAAUCGUCUUCUUAAGAGAAGCAAAACCCCAAAUGACCUCAGCUAGGGAGAGCUGCUCGUCGGCUGAAUGUGGGCAGCGUUUCCCGCUCCUGCAGGUGCCGAUUUCAGGAAACACUCAAAAGCUUUAGGAGGUGUCAAGCAGUCCGUGCCCACAAAUGACUGAUCCAACAGCGAAGAUUGUCAUAAUGCCCCAGUGGUAGAAAGCAGCGAGUGAAUCAAGAAAAUCCAGUCUGAGUUGUUCUCACUGCAAGCAUAUCUGGACAAGUCCUCCCAGGGAUAACUGUCACUCUGAUCAAGAUUACAGAAGUAAAAACAACAGGAUUAACCAUCAUCAAAAGAUCAUUGGACAUUGCAGCACUGGAGAGAUUUUUACCAUGAAGGUCCCCAGCUCCAGAUGGGCCUUCUUGGUGGGCUUCUUGGUGGGGUCCUGCAGCAUGUACUUCUUCCUGCGGCAAGUGUGGUUUGAGCAGAGUUACCCUGUGCUGUCCGAGGCUCAGGUAACAGCCACAGCAGCAGGGGAGAGACCCACCAGCUGGAGGAAGGAAGGAGCUGCGCUCAUCAACCUGCUCCACCCUCACCAUGCAGAUGAAGACAGCCAGGUGGCAGACAUGCUGUUCCAGAGGGUUCGUAUUCUCUGUUGGGUAAUGACAGGGCCAUAUAACCUCCAGAGCAGGGCUCGCCAUGUCCGAGCCACCUGGGGUCGCCACUGCAACAUUGUGUUGUUCAUGAGCUCUGUGGAAGAUCCGUCCUUUCCCACUGUGGGGCUGGGCACCAAAGAGGGCCGUGAUCAGCUCUUCUGGAAAACCAUCCGAGCCUUCCAUUACGUCUACGAGCACCACGUGAAUGACGCAGACUGGUUCCUUAAAGCGGACGAUGACACCUUUGUUGUGGUCGACAAUCUGCGAUGGCUUCUGUCCAACAAGACCCCUGAAGAGCCCAUCUAUUUUGGUAAACGCUUUAAGCCAUACACCAAACAGGGCUACAUGAGUGGAGGUGCGGGGUAUGUGCUCAGUAAGGAGGCCCUUAGAAGGUUUGUCGAAGGUUUCCGGACCAAGGCUUGCAUGCACACCACCCCCGUUGAAGACCUGGCGUUGGGGCAGUGUUUGGAGAAGAUGGGUGUUCUGGCGGGGGACUCUAGAGACACGUUGCAUCGAGAAACUUUUCACCCAUUUGUGCCAGAGCACCAUCUCACCACAAAGUUCUCCAAGAGCUUCUGGUACUGGAAUUACUGUUUCUACCCAAUCGUUGAGGGUCCACAGUGCUGCUCAGACUUGGCCGUGUCAUUCCAUUAUGUGGAAGCAGAGCUGAUGUACACUCUGGAGUAUUACGCCUACCGUCUGAGAGCUUAUGGCUACGUACCGCGCUACCUGCCCUCCGCGCGCCGCAGGCCGAGUCUGCCCCCACUCUUGAUGACGACCGCGACUGUCCGUCUUAAAGUGGCUCAGGAGGUGACGGACAUAACCAAUCACACAGCCUCUGCUCUUCUUGUCAGUGGAAACCAAACCACAGAAGAGACACGCACAGAGAGGGGCAUGAAAGACGAUGCCGAUUUUAAUGUACCUAAAAAUAGGACUGCAAGCACACAAGACAGCCAUCACUGAUUCCCUCCGCUGGUUUUCUUCCAGCUGCUGAAUGAUCAGGUCCACUGCAGUUAGUGGAUCUGGUCUGAUCACAGCUACGUUCAUACCAUGACAGGGUGAUCAAAGACAGGAUCGGGACUUUUUGUUCUCAAAGGGUUUGCUGCUCUGUGUAGUGUAGUGGCUGCAGUUCUCUGAUGAUAACUCUAUGAUCUCAGAAUAUUUCACGGACAGCGCUCCCAGUGGGAGUGGAGACAAAUUAAUUAUGGCUCAGUGGCAGCUACGUAUAGCCUGGGUAUUUGUUUUACCCAAUAUAAAUGCAUGCUUCUUGCCUAAUUAUGUUAGACUGCGUCUGGGUUUGUGACUCGGACACAGUGAUUUUGUAGUCAUGCGGAAACAUAUUCACUCAAAACAUCAUUAGGUUUUUUCUUAUGAAAUGGAGAGCAGCAGCACAUUGUGAAACUGUUGAACAUUUAGUCUUUUUAUGGUCACUUGUGGCAUUUUAUUUUGUUUAUGAUGAUGUUUUUUUUCUGUUUAAACUUGCAUAAAUGAUGUUUGAAUUAUUAGAUCCUGGUCAUUUCUUUAAGUUUUACUUUGCUUUCAUUUGCAGCUCAAGAUUAUAUGUGGUGUUAAAUGCAGAGCAAUAUAAUGGUUCUCACAGCAACAACUGUGUAGAAAUGCUUUUUGACUCUGAUGCAAAGCUUUAAAGUGCUAAUGUGCACUUAAAAGCAACCUGUUUUUCUGUUUCAAUGUUGUAAUAAAUAUAUAAUUAUACACAU